ACAUACUGCCACGUGUUUAUUUCUUGUAAGUUUGACUCGCUUGAUUUUUCUUUUUUUUAACAUAAACCGGUGGCGAGUUUGCGAACGACGGAGAGAUCUGGCGAUGAGUUGCCGGAGAUUCUUCUCGAUCCCGGUCCUUUCGGUGAUUCUGGUGAUGGGUUUGGUCUACUACAUCACACUCUUCGUGUUCAUCGAUGAUUGGGUUGGUCUACGAAGCUCAGCUGGGAAGCUAAACGCACUGGUCUUCACCCUCUUGGCGUCUCUCUGUCUCUUCUCCCUCUCAAUUUGCGUUCUUUUAGAUCCGGGUCGUGUCCCUUCAUCUUACGCUCCUGAUGUUGAGAGUUCUAGCUGGUCCGGUAGUAAUAACGGUAUAGAAGCAAGGAAGUGUGAUAAGUGCUUUGCAUAUAAGCCUCUAAGGACUCACCAUUGUCGAGUUUGCAGAAGAUGCGUCUUGAAGAUGGACCACCAUUGCGUAUGGAUAAAUAACUGUGUUGGCUAUGCAAACUACAAGGCUUUCUUCCUUCUUGUGUUUUAUGCAUCUGUGGCUUGCAUCUACUCCACUGUAUUGCUGGUUUGCUGCGUUUUCAAGAACGGGGAAUCAUACGCAGGAAAUGUUCCACUAAAAACUUUCAUGGUUGCUUGUGGGGUCUUCAUGAUUGGACUAAGCAUAACACUCGGGACUCUCCUUGGUUGGCAUAUCUACCUGAUCGCCCACAAUAUGACCACCAUUGAGCAUUAUGAUUCAAAGCGGGCCUUAUGGUUAGCUAGAAAAUCAGGACAAAGCUAUAGGCAUCAAUUCGAUCGUGGCGUUUACAAAAACAUCACCUCGGUGUUAGGGUCCAACAUAAUCAAAUGGCUAUGCCCAACAUUCACUAGGAAUACUGAAGAUGGUAUCAACUUCUCUGCGUCCAGAGACAGCUAGCUAAAAAAAGUUCAUUCACCAAUCAAAUUGUAUACACGCUUGUACAAAAUUUUGAAACAAAGUUUUCAUUGUCUUAAAAAGAUUACCUGCUGUAACAUGAAUAGCCUUAAAAGAACACUCAUGAAUCAUGAUCGUCUC